AUGUCGAAUCCGCGACCGAGGUUCAAAACGAGCUUCAAGGAUGUUAAGGCGUACUCUCCUGUGCAUACCGGAGGCAAGGCGUCGCUUUCGGGAGACGGGAGCUGGCUCGUCUCGACCCUGAACGAGCAGGCGUUGGUCACGGAUGUUGAGACCGGCGAGCAGAUUCAGGAGCUCAAGGGCGACACCUCGGCCGUCACGACACUCGCCGUUACCCCUUCUCCCCUUUCGCCGCAAGACGGCGGCUUCCUCCUCACCUGCUGCCGCUCGCUCGCCAUUCACGUCUACUCCCUUCCGUCUCUCGAGCUCCACCGCCACAUCCCUCGCGCUCACGAUGCGCCCAUCAUUACCUGCUGCGCCGACCCGACCGGCACGCUCUUCGCCACCGGAUCAGCAGACGGUAUCGUCAAGGUUUGGGACGCUGCGCACGGUCACUGCACGCAUGUGUUCAAGGGACACGGAGGCGUGAUCAGCGCGAUGGUCUUCGACAUCGCCAGUGCGGGCGACGGCGGGACGCAAGGUCGCGCGCGCUUGAUCACGGGCGCCGACGACUGCAAGAUCCGAGUGUGGGACUUGCGAACGCGCGAGGGCUUGCACGUUCUCGACGGGCACGUCAGCGUCGUCCGGGGACUCGACGUUACGAAGGACGGCAAGCUGCUCGUGAGCGGAGGUCGCGAUAAGGUUGUGAACGUGUGGGACCUCGAGCGGGGCGUCUUGCGGAAGACAGUGCCUGUCUUUGAGACGCUCGAGGCGAUCGGUCUGGUCGAGGUGCCGCAGUCGAGCGACCGGAAGGGCAAGGGCAAGGAGACGGACGCGACCCGAAAGAAGGCAGUCUUCACGGGAGGCGACAAAGGCGUCGUGCGGUUGUGGGACCUGCAGACGGGCGAGCAGAUCAAGACGGCGGACGAAGCGGCGGGCAAGGUCCACGAGAUCGUCGACGUUAUCCACACUCCCGCCACUUCCUCCCUCACCGCCGUCUACGUCGACCAGAACCUUGUGACUCGAUCACUCCCCAGCCUGACGACAACUCGGCAGAUUAUCGGUUUCAACGACGAAGUCAUCGACACCUGCUUCCUCACCCCGCCUACUGCCUCGUCCUCCUCUGCCGACGAGGUCGCCUUUUCUCCCGAAUCCCAGCUCGCCGUCGCGACGAACUCGGACUUGAUCCGCGUGUACGAUCUCAAUCGGUUCAACACGUCGCUGCUCGAGGGCCACGACGAUGUCGUCUUGUGCUUGACACGGACAGCGGACGGACAGGUCCUGGUCAGCGGGUCGAAGGACAAUACGGCGCGGGUGUGGGCGGCGUCGGCGAACGAGGAGGGCGAGACGGCUUGGCGGUGUAUCGGUCGGGCAGAAGGUCACGUCGAGUCGGUCGGUGCGGUCGCGACGUCGAAGCGGGAUCGGCAUAUCCUCGUCACCGCGUCGCAAGACCGGACGGCGAAGAUUUGGGACCUCGCCUCGCUGCUCUCCUCCCCUCCUUCCGCCGAAGACGGACCUUCCGCCCUCCGUUCCCUCUCGACAACGAAGAUCCACGACAAAGACAUCAACUCGCUCGACAUCGCACCGAACGACAAGCUCCUCGCGUCCGGCUCGCAAGACCGCACCGCCAAGCUGUUCGCCAUCUCCUACACCGCCGCGACCAAGUCCUCUCCCUCUUCAGCCUCCCUCUCGCUCCUCGGCACGUUCAAGGGCCACAAGCGAGGUGUCUGGAGCGUCAAGUUCAGCCCGGUCGACCAGAUCCUCGCGACCGCUUCGGGCGACCGGACGGUCAAGCUGUGGAACCUGAACGACUUUACCUGUGUCAAGACGUUCGAGGGGCACGCCAACUCGGUAUUGCGCGUCGACUUUAUGACGCGCGGGAUGCAGCUUGUGACGGCGGCGAGCGACGGGCUUGUCAAGGUGUGGAACGUCAAGGAGGAGGAGUGCGCGACGACGCUCGACAACCACGAGGAGAAGGUGUGGGCGCUUGCGGUGUCCAAGGACGAGAAGUACGUCGUGUCGGGCGGCGCGGAUUCGGUGAUCACGGUGUGGGAGGACGUGACCGAGACGGAGGAGCUCGAGAAGAUGCAGGAGCAGGAGGAGCUCGUGCUCAAGGAGCAAGACUACGAGAACUUCCUGUCGAUGAAGGACUAUACGAACGCGAUCAUGCUCGCCCUCUCGAUGGACCAGCCCCGCCGCCUCCUCAAUCUCUUCACCGAAGUUCGCCAGACCGCCGGCACGUCCAACUCGUCGACGGAUCCCGAAGCCGACCUCGCCUCGUUCACCGGCUCGCGACACGUCGACGCCGUCCUACAGUCUCUCUCACCGAAAGAGAUCCGCCAGUUGCUCGGCUACAUCAAGGACUGGAACACGGUUUCGCGGACGGCUGAAGUUGCGCAGGGCGUCUUGCAUGCGAUCCUCAAGUUCCACGACGCGGACAAGUUGCUGUCGUACCUCGAGGGCAAGGGCGAUGACGGCGAGGACUUGCUCGACCUCGCUGCGGCAGCGCAGGAGGCGGAAGAGGAGAACGAAGCGGAGGACGACAAGGGCAAGGGCAAGAAGCGCAAGCCGAAGCGCGCGCCGGAGGUCAAGGCCGCUGAUGUCCUGGGCGCGUUGAUCCCAUACACCGAGCGACACAUGACACGUGCGGACAAGCUCGUGCGCGAGUCGUUCAUCGUCGAGCAUCUGUUGGGCAUGAUGGAGGGUUUCGACGACUUUGAUGUCGAAGGACAGCCGAAUGGGAUGGAUGUCGACGGAGAGGAUGAGGAGUAG